AUGGGAGACACUGAGCUCUGAGCAGAAGACCCUGUACAGAGACGUGAUGCUGGAGAUUUACAGGAAUCUGCUCUCCGUGGGUCCUGGAUGCAUGGGGAAGAGCUUUCAUAAGUGAGGAUUGAAGCCAUCAUCCCUUAGGCAGCAGAGGUCCAUCUGGAGAUGAAAGAACUUCCCUCUGGCUCUGUGGCAAAAUAUCAGGCAGGACAUGGACUGACUCUUGGUCCUUGUGCUCCUGAAGAGCAGGACAAGGAUAUUUUGGCUUCAAAGAACAGGGAAGUAAUGGACACCAGGAGGACCCCAGCAAAAGGUUUGUCUGCUAUGGAUACUGAUUGUCCCCAAGAGAAGAGGAGGAAGGCUCAAAUACCUGAGCCCGUUACAAUCAAGGAUGUCACUGUGGUUUUCACGGAGGCAGAAUGGAAGAUACUGAGCUCUAAGCAGAAGAACCUGUACAGAGACGUGAUGCUGGAGGUGUGCAGGAAUCUCUUCUCGUUGGAAGCAAAGUCAGAAACCUCCCCCUGUUCCCCAUGCCUCCUGGAUGUCUCCAGUCAGCAGUUCCUCGGGCAGCAUGUGCUUCAGAUCUCCCCUGAGUCUUGUGCAGAGAGUCAGUUCCAUCCAGGAGAUUCCAACCUCAGGCAACAGAAGCAGCCAGAGCAUCAGGAUUCUGAUCAGAACUGCAGGAAUGAAAACACACAAGGGCGGGAGAGAGAAGUCUCUAAAUCCUUGUGUGGGAGCACAGGGGAGAGAGAGACCUUCAGGGCUUUAUCCAGCCCAGCCUGCGGAGGAUCAGCAAGCCCCAGAGAAGGCAACAGAGGGGUGGGAAGGGAGCCCCACUCCGCACAAAGGGUAAACAGCUCUGUGGAAACAGAGAAGGGUUUGAAGAAAUUAGAAACCUCAAGAUUUGGAGCAGUCAGCUAUAAAGAGGACGAGCCCAGCUAUAUCCUGAAAUCAAAUUUCACCACAAACCAGAAGACCCUUCUGCGAGAGAAGCCACACGUAUGCAUGGACUGUGGACGAGGCUUUCGCCACAAGUCAAGCCUCAUCAUACACCGGAGGAUACACUCGGGGGAAAAGCCAUAUGUGUGCAGGGUCUGCGGGCGAGGCUUUACCUGCCUUGCAAAUCUCCUUUCCCACCAGAGGAUACACUCAGGUGAGAAGCCUCAUGUGUGUAAGGAGUGUGAGCGAAGCUUUAGGCAAAAGUCACAUCUUAUCACACACCUGCGGACCCAUUCAGGGGAGAAGCCUCACAUGUGCAUGGACUGUGGGAGAAAGUUUCGCCACAAGUCAACGCUCACCACACACCAGAGGAUACACUCAGGGGAAAAGCCAUAUGUGUGCAAGGAGUGCGGCCGAGGCUUUACCUGCCAUGCAAAUCUCUUUUCACACCAGAGUAUACACUCAGGAGAGAAGUCACAUGUGUGUGAAGUGUGUGGGCGAGGCUUUAGCCAAAAGUCCUAUCUCCUCACACACCAGAGGAUACACUCAGGGGAGAAGCCACACGUGUGCAUGGACUGUGGGCGAAGCUUUAGUCACAAGUUAACUCUCAUCACACACCUGAGGACACACUCAGGAGAGAAACCAUAUAUGUGUAAGGAGUGUGCACGAGGAUUCAGCCAAAAGUCACAUCUCAUCUCGCACCUGAGGACACACUCAGGGGAGAAGCCGUAUGUGUGUGAGCAGUGUGCACGAGGUUUUAACCAGAAGGCACAUCUCAUCAGACAUCAGAAGACACACUCAGGAGAGAAGCCACACUUAUGUAAGGAGUGUGGGCGAGGCUUUAUCCAAAAGUCCUAUCUCAUCACACACCAGAGGACACACACAGGGGAGAAGCCACAUGUGUGCAUGGACUGUGGGCGAGGCUUUAACCAAAAGUCACAUCUCAUCAUACACCAGAGGACUCACUCAGGGGAGAAGCCAUACAUGUGCAGGGACUGUGGGCGAAGCUUCACCCACAGGUCAACACUCAUCUCUCACCUGAGGACACACUCAGGAGAGAAGCCACACGUGUGCACGGACUGUGGCCGAAGCUUUAGCCACAGGUUAACCCUCAUCAGACACCUGAGAACACACUCAGGAGACAAGCCAUAUGUGUGUAAGGAGUGUGGUCGAGGAUUUGCCUGCAAAACAAAUCUCCUUAUGCACCAGAGGACACACUCACGCGAGAAGCCACAUGUGUGUAAGGAGUGUGGGCAAGGCUUUAGCUACAAACAAAGGCUCAUUAAACAUGUGCCAACUCACUCCAGAGAAGCUCUGUGUUUGCAGUGAAUGUGAACAAGCCUUUGACUGUAAUUUACUCAUCAUAGACCAUAAGAUAUAGACUGAAAGCUUUGUGUGUAGAGAAGAUAAAGAAUUUGAGACAAAGGCACACUUUGGAGAAGCGGUUUCUGUGGACCAAGAAGGUGAGGUACUGCGACAAGUUCUAUCCUGGCACCAGAAGCCACAGGGAUAAGGGCUGGGAGGGUGUUAUGCAAGGCGGGAACGUGACUCCGGGGACCUUUCUUAGCUGACUGAGGAGGACAAAAUGUUGCCACCACAACUUUGCCUACUUCUGAGGCAGUGUCAGAAGAAUUCUGCUCUUUAUGAGGGGAAGCUAUCAGUAGUAAUUAACUAGAUUUUUCUUUCCACAUUCUAUACCCAAAUGGAAUUGAAAAGUAGAAGCUUAAGUCUAAGAAUGGUUAGCUUGUUUUAUUUUCAUAUGGCAGUUCCUGCAAGUGCUUGGUUGUCCUUUUGUUUAAAAUUUUUUUAAUAAACCAUCAGGAACA